AUGGACGCCUCCCAAGAAACCUCAAGCCUCGACAAAACCUCUCUAGCCACCAUCUCCCUCCUCGAAUCCCGUCUCCGGCGAAUCGAGCAUAUCCUCUACGGCCCCUCCGACCCUCCAACCCAAGCGCCCUCCUCCUCCGCAACCACCUCCCUCGCCCAGCUCGAACACCGCUUCAACUUGCUCAUCCGGCGCUUUCGCGUGUACGCAGAGCUACUAAAGAUUCACAAAGCCAACCCCACGCUCUUCCACACCUCCCCCUCCGCCGACCAAAAACUCUCACCAACCGACCUCCCGCCCGCUGCUAUCCUCGCGACCAUCCUCUCCUACGCUUCCCAGUUCCCCCAGACCGCGUCCGCCCUGGUAGCAGCCGCCCCAGACAACACCAUCGAAUCCGCAAUCCCCGACACAAAGCUCUCGGCCGAACUCGCGAGCUUGAUACCAAGGAUGAAGGGCUUGGAGGCAAUGCAAUUGGCGCAAGAGGCGGAAAUAGCGGAGCUCAGGGAGAGAAGCGAAGCGGUGAUGAAGGCGUGGUAUGAGAAGAGGGUGCUGGGGUACGGAAAGUUUGUGGCGGAGGGUGAGGGGAGGGUGGAGAAGUGCGAAUUGAGGGUGAGGAGAGCAGAGAGGGUGAGGGAGAUGGACGCUGUUACGGAGUGA